AUAUUGUAAACGGAAUCAAAACAAGACAGUGAAUUGAGCUGUGAUUAAACUUUCAAAAACAAUAUCAUAAACAUUUUUACGCUAACUUGACUAUUGUGUGUAGCGAGUGAUUUUUGUCAUAAACUUGAUUUAAUUAUAUCUGGUGAUCUAAUAGUUCUACAAUCAUCGGAAUAUCGUGUAAUAUAUCAUGAAACCAUAAAAUGGCGGAAUUGUUAACUCUCUCAGCGGACGCUCCAUUCAUAUUAUAACAUACUGUAUAAUAACAGUUAUACCAGCUGUGUAUGUGAAUACAUGUAUAUAUAACACUGUGUUUAUACGUAGUUGGACUAUUCUUAAGCAAACAGGAAGUUUUACCUAUGUAUAUGCGUCUGUGGCAUGUCGUUUCAAAGUUUCAUUGUUCAUUUUAGUCUGCACAAGUUUUUUUUUACAUUUAAAGAUAAAAAUAACUUUACGAUAUAUACAUCUAGAGUUAUACGACAGUGUGGUUAUCGUUUAUUAUAUAGCGUGUAAUUAAACUCUAAAAUACAGCAUAUUUCACAUCAAUAUAUAAAAGCAGCUAAAAAAGAAGCCCCUGUCAUAUUCCUCUAUAAUGGAUUUAAUCGGACGUAUGUGCUUAUAACGGAUAUAUCAUUUUAACUGUAACGAUUAAUGACAAUGAAACGAAUGUACAAAUGAAAACCUAGUUAGUUUGAAAAAAAUCUAUUACUUAAAUGUUUUCAAAACAAAAGCAGGUUUUGGAAAACUGAAACUGAUAAGUUUACUUCUAGUGUUAUGAAUCAAUCAUUUAAAAAGGAAACAAAUACACAUGCGGAAAACAGAAGAUAGUGGCGUGAAUAACUAAACUUCAAAGGUACUUGUACCUUAAUGAAUAUUUUCUCGUUGUUGCCAGUGAGAAGAAUGCUGGUGACACCCUCGAAUAAGGAUUACGUUGAAAUCUAAUAUGUCAGGCGAUACAAAUUUAUAUCGACCUCCAUUCAAAUCUUGGGUGAAAGCAUGUAUUGGUCUACGGUACAUGCAAGAUGGAUGCGAAAAAUGCGUAGAGGACGAAAUUAAAUAUCAACAUUCAACAAUUGUCGCAAAGGUCGAAAGUAGAAGCCGGACCCCGGGCUACAAGUAUGACUGCAGUGCUUGUACCAUCGACAAUUUGCGUCCAAUUCACCGGAAAGAAAACUGCCCGUACACAAAGAAAAAAUGCCUUUGCGCAAGGGAAUGUAGCCCCACCCGACGACAUUGCCCUCAAUACAGCGCCUGUAGUCGAUUUCACGACUAUGUGUGGGAUGAAUAUCAGGAAGGCUCAUGCCCAACGUUUCUUAAUAGCAAUGUGGAACUCUGGUCUACCAACUUUUGGGAGUUUGGAAAGUGUUUUAUUCAAACACAAGGCUACAAGGCGGUGACAUCAGCUGCAAACACAGAUGCUGCUGGGCUUCUUAGCAUCUGUAUUCAUAACAGGACUCUAUGGAACAUGUUCGGACAAUCACAGAUAAUUAAAGACGCACGGAAUACAAGGAAUGCAAUUCUUCACUCAGGGAGGUUAGACGUUUCCAAGGAAAAGUUAGAGGAAUAUUUAGACUCCAUGGUGAAAAUGCUCAGCCUCCCGAAACUUCAAAACGACGACAAUGCAAAACGCGCCAUUGAGAACAUUGAGAAACUUAAAACAGAAAACCUCGAAAUAACAACAGAGGAUGAAUUGACUGCGCGGAAGUCAGCUUUGAAAGCUGUUUCAAAAAAGAUAUCAGAAAUCAUUGAAAAACUUGACGAGACAGAAAACAACGCAGAUCAAGCAAAAGACGAAUCGAAUAAAGAUGAUAUCACAAAUGUGGACCAGCUACACGCUGAGUUGGCUACGUUAACCGUUGUACAAAGUGAACAUCAUGGAAGAAUCGAAGGGUACAUACGCGAAUUGCAAACAAAAGUGACAGGUAUUCAAGAGUCUAUCAAAAUGCACCAGGAAGACCUAAAAGCUAUAGUAAAUGGGUUAGAUAUAAACCAUAGCCUACUAAAGGAAAUACAGGAGACGCAAGUGGUACAAGGGUUGACCAUUACUGAGAUAAAAGACGAUGUAAAGCAGGUUUUGGGUCAAUUCAUCGAAAUGAGGAACAAUGGGAUGGCCAAUGGCAUUCCAAUACCAGUCAUCCGGUUAGUAUUGCUGACGAGGAACAUAUCCAACAAUAAAGAACGAGUUCUUGGGGAGGUGAUAGUUGAGGUAGGCGGACAUGUCAAGGGAAAGGCGAUAUUGAAGGACGCGCAGUGGGCUCCAAUAAAACAAAUGGCCGAAGACUGUCUACAGAAAAUGACCAUUGACCACGGGGAGGACCAAAGAGACAUUUUUGAGGUCAAAAACGAAUGUAUUGCGAUAUAUGUUCAAUGUUGGACUUUGCAAUCGCUUAUACACUUGUGUGAACAAUGCAUGUCCGGAAAGUUGACUGAGUUUUUCCGUCCAUUGGAGGAAGAAAUAAAGAGAAGGCUACCACAUUACAGUGACCUUGAACUUGAGGUUGCCAUUUUUGAAAAGGAUUUGACUCGCUGCAUGGAUGUCUUUGUUGGGAGAGUAAAACGAAAGCUGAUGUCAGAACAUGCUGGUGUACAAAUGGCUAUAGUUACUCUGCCAAAUGGUUUAGACGUCCGCCCCAGGCAUUCGCUGAACAAUGAAACUCAUCAAGAUGAGUUGUGUGGUGGAGAUGAAACAAAUAGCAAUUUGAAAGAAAUCGGAACGGAUUUGGACAUGACUAAAGUACACGAUGAAACAAUUGAUGCUGAAAAAGUUAAAACAGUAAUAGAAACUGUUUUCGUUUCUCAAGAUGAAGAGGUUCUUUUGACAAAAAAGGAAUCAGGCGAUAUCGCUAUGCGUGCAGAAGAGUUUGAAAACGAGAGUGCAACAUCCUGUAAAGAAAUAGAUUUAAGGAAGGAAGAAAGAGGGGUUUCUUUGACAGACAGUGAAUCAGGCGAUAUCGCCAUGUGUGAAGAAAAGAGUGGACACGACAUUGAAGCAUAUAAUCAGGGAACACAUUUAUCUGGAAGGACGGAAGGCAACACGAAUACACAUUCAGCAACCGUAUUAACCAAAUUAAAUGGAACGGAAUGCGACGAGACUGAAGUAUACAAUAAAAUAAUUGAUGCUCAUAAAGAUGAAGAAGUAAUAGAAAAUGCUUCCGACAACGACAUUGCAACAUCCAAUCAGAAAAGAGAUUUAUCCGGUAGGAAAAAAGAUGUCACAUGUUUAUUGUGUAGUCUGGCAUUUGCGAAAAAAGAGGACUUCAAACUACAUCUUGCUGACCCCUCACAUACACUGAGACUGAUUCCACCAUUAAGACAAUCAUCGAGAUUCCGUGAACCCCCGAAGGGACCAGCAGAAUAUAAACUGUGCCCAAGAUUUGAAAAACAUCCAAGAUGUUCUGUUUGUUGUACGGAUGCACAUGGAAAAGAUGAACUAGAUGAAUGGAACGCACUCAGACGAGAACACAUUGAUAAUAUAAAUGUCAUUGGUGUCAACUUGGAAACGCCAGAAAUGGAAAAGGUUACUGCUAAUUUCCCUCCGUUUGAUUUGCCAGACACGGUGGAAAGUGUGCAGUAUGCAACCAUCAACCAGACCUCUGAUCUCAACAUCUGUCUACCGAAAAAGCCACUAACUCAUAAGUGGGUGUUUGAAAUUCAAAGUGACGUUUUUCUCCAAAGAGUGAAGCUAGCAAACGAUAGUGCAAUAAACGUGUUUUCGGUUUAUCGUGUCUAUGACAAAACGGAAGACACCAUCGUUUAUCCUUCUUCACUGGAGUGGGAAAACAAAAACAAAUCAAGAAAAAGAGAUUCAUUCCAGUACGAAAUAGAGGUGGCUUUCUCUGCAGAGGUAUACGGUAAUUUCCAUGAGAGAGUUAUCUUUGAUUUUGGUCAUACGCCUGCUGUUUGCAAGAAACUAACCGUAAGGACAACACAAAACACUAAAAACAAGACACCAAAACAUUCACAAAGUAAGGAUCAACAUACGCGUUGGCAGGCAAAAGACGUCAAGGUUGUUGAGUUUCAACUAAGAAACCAGGAAGAAAGACAGCUUUUAGAGGAGUAUUCUAUUGAUAAAUUUGAUGAAGGUACAUACCCGUCUACGCCAUCGCCAACUAAACGUGAUUACACCAAUCUAAAAAGAGCCAUGGAAAUUUCAUCACCAGAAAUAUUCUCCAAAACGGACGACGAAAAGACGGAUUCAAAAACGUCGAAUACAGGAGAAGAUUACGAACAGACACAUGGGGUAAAUAGACCAACCUUGAGUGAAUACAAACGGCGCAUGCAUAAACUCCUGUACUUCGAAGAGAAAACGCAACUCUCUGUCAUUUCAAAAUUUGAUGGGAAAAGAAAAUUGACAUUUAAAAACGAGUUGCCACCUGUGAUUGAAACUUGCUCAGAGGCAUAUUACGCAACAAACGGCGCUUUGUUCACAAAUAUUGAGCUGAAAGAUGAGCUGUCCGAAGAUACCACUGCUGGGAGAUUAGUCCUCCGAAAUUCUGAUUCUGUUUGGUUGACCCCUGUUGGAUCACGAAAAAUACCUGAAAAAGUAUAUGAAGCCGGUGUGCAUCAUCGUCAAAGGAAUUUUCUAGACUUUGAGCUAUCCCCGGUGUGUGUUUCCGAACUUGGUUUAGAGACGAAACAGACGAGGAAUUUUGAGGUGCAGCUUCAACUGAAUAGAAUACGGUUAUGCGAAAUGCACAAGGCAGUGGAUGAACUCCAAAACCUCGAGAUUGUCUUUCCAAAUUCCGUCUCGAGCUGUGAUGUUGACGCCAGUAUUACUGAUAAUGAUCAUUUUCAAAAUGAUUUGUCGCUGAAAACGUGCAACGAUAACCAAUACAUAGCAAUAAUAAAAGCUGCAAGUGUGCCGAAAAAACUGUCUCCACCCCUGCUCCUUGUUGGUCCGUUUGGAACGGGUAAAACAUUCACACUCGCCCAGGCAGCAAAGGUCGUUAUCCAGCAAGAUGGCACACGCGUACUCAUAUGUACGCAUUCGAACAGCGAAGCCGACAUAUAUGUUGAAGACUACUUUCAUCCCUACUGCAAAGACAAUCACCCAGAAGCAAAACCUCUCCGUAUCUACUAUCAACACAGAUGGCCAAAUACCGUGUCUAAAACUGUCCGACAAUACUGUCUACAGGAAGGCCAUUCAUUUAGAAAGCCAAGAAGGGAGGAUAUAUUGCGUCACAGAAUCGUUGUAACUACAUUCAGCACCGCUAAAAUGCUAACGGAAUUUCCGGAAGAUUUGUUCACACACAUAUACCUUGACGAGGCAGCACAGGUGUUGGAAUGCGAGGCACUCAUACCUCUAUCUAAGGCAACGCAGUCCACUAGGGUUGUGUUAGCAGGAGACCAAAUGCAGAUGAGUCCUGAGAUAUAUUCAUUAGAAGGGAAAAAAGAAGGAUUUCAGAAGUCAUUACUAGAGAGAUUAAAUGACCUUUAUCCGGACGAUUGCGGAUACAAAGUCAUGUUGCACGAAAACUACAGAACUCAUGACGUCAUUUUGAAGUUCACAUCUAACCUUUUCUAUGACUACAAAUUGUCAUGCGCAAUGCCACAGGAGGGACAUCCCGAACUUUACCCUCUGGCGUUUUACACCGUGUUAGGCGAGGACGAGCCGUGCGGUCUGAAAGAAGGAUUUUGCAACAAAGCAGAGGUAUGCGAAGUUGUUGACCAAGUUGCACUGCUAAAAGAGAAAUGGCCUUCAAAACACUGGGGUGAAUUCAGUUCAAAGAGUAUAGGCGUUGUUGCACCGUAUAGAAUGCAGGUGAAGCUAAUCCGAGAUGGACUGCGAAAAAUAAACAUCAAAGACGUUUCCGUAGAAAGGGUUGCUAACGUGCAAGGAAAGGAGUUUCGAGUUGUUAUAAUGAGCACAGUCAGGACAAAGGAAACAUGUACAGAAGGCUAUGAGGAGACUGAUCAAAUCGACUUUGGGUUUCUUUCAAACGUGAAGUUCCUGACAACAGUAAUAACAAGAGCGAAAUCGCUUGUGAUGACUAUCGGAGACCCAAUUACACUGUGUUUGGUGGGACAAUGUCGAAAGGUGUGGGAAACGUACCUUAACGACUGCAACACACAUGGAAGUUUCUAUGGACUAAAAUGGGAGCAAUACCUUAAGAUGAGAAAUAUAGAGCUGACCACUCUUAAUCCAAUGGCGGACGAAUUCUACCCGAAGGUAACACCUGCUUCGGUAGAGGAAGCAAAAAAUGAAAAUAAAGCAGAACCUAAAAGUUCAACGAAGUCAUCACAUGUGACAUUCGAAAAAGAACAGUUUAGAACAAGCGAGUUGCCAAAUACAAAGGAGGAAACUAGUAUACCAAUUAAUGGAACUUUGUUGGACAGUGCCAAAUCCGGUGUUUCACAAAGUGCUUUAGAGAUUGAACACGCUGACAAUUGUCUUGACGCAACAAAAACAGUAGAGGCUUUAACACACCACGACAGUCAUUUAAAUGCAGAUAGUUGCAAAUCAUUACACCAGUCAGACGGACAAAAAGAGAAUGUAUCCAUGACUGGUACCAGCACUGUUCCAAGCUUUAAAUAUAUCUACGAAAAGGAAGAUAACCCAUCUGCUUACCAAGGAUCAAUGAAAUACCACUGUCCUUCGAUAGUGAGUUUAGGGGAAAGUAUAGAAACCGGUUAUGGUAGUGGGAUUGGAAUCGAGUCCGACGACAUCUCUCCGGAAUUAAAACAGUGUAUUUCAACAGACACUCAUAAAGUUGACGACCAUCCGGUGAAAAUGUUGACUGUCGACUCGAUUUCACCUGAAAGCAAGAGCGAUGAAACCGGCAAAUCAUCCAAAAAUAGUAGGAAGAUAAAGACGAAAAGACCACAACCGGAGGUCACUGAAAUUAAACAGCAGCCAGUUUUUGAACCUGAAGUUGCAAGCUGUACAGAGGAGAAUUUACAUUCUAAACAAAAGAUUUAUAACAUCGAGCAAGAAAGGAUCGGUCAAGGAAAGGGCGCAAGAAAAAAGAAGGGAAAACUUCAAUCAACGGAAACUGUUUCACCACUGAAAGAAAUAGCGGAAAUCCCCGAUUGGAGAAAAUUAGCGAUGCCGAAAGCAAACUUUGAGUCUCGCUUCAAAGAGCCUGUCUUGAGCAAAACUGAACAAGCUGACAGUAAAAAUAAGGAGGAGGCGAUACGUAUUUCGAAUUAUUUUGAACUUAGCAGUAAAAAUAAACCAAAUGAAAGCGAAAACGAUUUAUCAUUUCCCCGUGCAGAAAAACAUACUUCAAAUAAAACCUCGGCUGGUAAAGACGAAACAAAAACAACCACAGGAAAGAAAAAGACAAAACGGCCGAAAUUUGUUUCAUUACAUGAAUUUUACAAAGCCCCUCAAACCGAAAGGACACUUCGGCCACCGGCGUGGGUAAAUCCAGCUCCUGCAGAUGUUCCGAAUUGGGAAAGUGUUUGGGAUCCUGAACCAUAUUCAUUUGAGGAUGAACGACCAUAUCGUCCUGUAAAUACAGGUCUAUCCUUUGCUGACGCUACAAAAUCUGCACCAGCGAGGCAUCAAGGGAUCCUUACACCGGUCACCUAUACCGAGGAACGUUCUUUGGCCUCUUAUCUAUGGCCAGAACAAGAUCAGGUUUACAUGAAUCGAGGUCCUUCGCAGGGGAAUAAUCAUAAUUACUCAUCCUUGCUCUACAAUCAAAGUAUAGGUCCCUCACGCGGUCCGUCGAGUGGAUACGGAGUGUUUGGAAGACGUAAAUAAAAACAUUGUGUGCAUGGUUUAUGCAUUCAGAUCACAAUUAUUGAUUUUACCAUACUAUUUUGUACGAUAGAACUGUCCAAUGUGCCAUCAACUAAACAAUUAAUAGUGAAGUGGCUUCUAAUAAGAUACCAUUAUGAUUAACAUGAUCCAUGCCCAUUUCGCUAGAGCCUUUUAGCUCGCCUUCAAUAAUCAAAUAAUAAAUUAGUAUAUUUAUGUCGUUUUAAGCACAGCCAUAUUAUUAUCCAACGCAUUUAUCGUAUACAGUCUUUUGUUAUUCGUUACGAAAGUCCAUAUGCAUACUCUACGGUAUAUAUUUUGGCCACAGCCAUGAUUUUGCUUUUGCUCAAACCUGCAUGAAAACCAACACUCAAAACAAUGUGCCAGGGAUAAGCGAAAUAGUUCUACCCUGUGUGAGAUGUUAUAGAAUUAUAUUGCUUUGGGUAAUUCAGUAAAUACGGGAAUUGAAUUAUUCAAAUGAAAAACUCAGAUUACUAAAAAUAACGAUAUAACUAACUAGGGAGAUUUAUUGCAUGAGUCCUAUAAUAUACAUGGUAUAGAUUUCAUAUUGAAAUUUUGGUUGAAUUUUAAACCUUUCGAAAAGGAUCUGCAAAAAAGGCACAUUCAAAUAAAAUCUCAUUGAUUUGUAUUUCAUAUUAUUAUAAUACAUAAAAUUCAUCAUGUGUGUAGGUGGUGUAUGUUUUAAUUAUUUGUUGUCGGUGUGAAAAGCAAUUGAAAGUAACAUUUUUAUUAAUCAUUCAUUUUUGUUUUUAUAUAUCAUUUAUUCUUGUAACGCAGACCUGAAACGUUGUCGAUUUUUGCCCAUAUUUUCUUUACGUUUAACGUAUUUGUGUAUCCAUUUAUCAGAAUGUUUAGAUUUCUUCACAAAAACCAUAUUGUUUAAAUCGAUACUUAUCUAGCCUGUCGACCAGGACAGCUGUAUCUACAACGGAUUUAACUUUAAUGGAGUACACUGCAUUGGCAUCAAUUUUCAUUAAUGAUUCAUUUAUGAUUCAAAUCCACAAUGGCAUGCAUGCUUGUUACGAAGGGUACAUUCCGAAUCGCUCAAUUUUAAGUCCUUGUUUUUCUCUUUACUCCAUUUCGAUUGAUAAGAAAUUUCAACAGUAUAAUGUCUUUUCGGGUUCUUAAAGCUGCACUCUCACAUAUAUACUAUUUUUACAACUUUUUAUUUUAUUUUUUGUCUUGGAAAGAGCAAAUUCUUACGUAAAUAUCUGCAAACCAAUGAUAUAUGAUUGCUGACAAAAUCAGAUCGUAGAUUUUCAUAUUUCCGUUCGAAAAUUAAUGUUUUAUGGCUAACAGUUUAAGAAAAUGCAUAAAACAACAAUUUUUGAACCUAAAUAUAAAAAUCUGCGAUCUAAUUUUUUGUCAGCAGUCUUACAUACCUGAUUUCCAUGGAUAUUUGCAAAAAUUGGCUCGCUCCAAGACAAAAAAGUUAUCAAGCGUUCAAUCUGUGAGGGUGCAGCUUUAAAAAGGAGCCACAUAUAUUUUUUAAAACAUACCUUUAGUUUAAAAUAUCAGUCGUGAUAAUCAAGCUCAAAUGACUGUGGUCUGGAAUCAGCAAGCAUAUGUAUUGUAACCGAACAGAGUCUUACUUAUGCUCCGUCCGUUGUUCUUUGGCAAUUUACUGUGUUGUCUUUUAUCCAUGUUAUGAACACGUACUAUGUGUAUUGUAACAGAACUGAACCUUACUUUUAUUCCAAUCGUUCUUCUUUUUUAAAUAAUUGUUUUAUCAUUUAAAGAUUUCAUAAAAAUGAUUAUCGGUGAUGUUAAUGGUAAUGUAAUUUGUAACUUUUUAUAUAGUGAUUAUCUGUACAGCAUUUGUUUCUAUGUACGUUUACAUUACCUCUUUACAAGGAUAUCGUCAUUUGGCAUGGAAUGGCGUUCAAAUACAAGCUUGUAUGAUACAUUAGUCAUGAAUAAACAUGGACUCCUUGAA